CAGAUUGCGCGACCUUGUCAAAGCGCUGCGGCUGGGCGCUCCAUCUGAGUCCCUGAUGUAUCUGCUCCACUCGACGCACCCUUCUCGACCACCACGACGAUGAGCUCCCCCCUAGCUGACCCAUCCUCGCCUUUUUCCAACUUGACGCCGCGCCACUCGCGGCCAGGCGGUUUCUCAGCGGUCAUCAGGUCUCUUCUGGUCUUACACCACUCGUAUCUUUGCAAUUAUGAGUGACGACGGCAAGCGAGCAGACCCUUCGGUGGAGGAUGGAUCAUUUGAUCCGGCUCCGCACGCUUUUGCAACAAAGGAAGUAGCUUCCAGCGAUGCAAGUAACGUCGACGAUGUGGUGUACGACGCCGCGGAGGAAAAGCGUUUACUGCGCAAGAUCGACUGGCUGCUAUUGCCCAUCCUCACCUCGCUCUAUCUGCUGAGCUUUUUGGACCGCAGCAACAUCGGAAAUGCCAAAAUCGAAGGCAUCGUGGAUGACAUUCGACUCCGCGAUUAUCCGACAGCCACAAGUCUCUUCUUUGUGGGCUAUGUCGUAUUUGAAGUGCCUGCUAAUCUACUGCUCAAGCGGUACAGCAUUGACGGGCCUGCAGCCGUACUGGCCAUUUGGACGUUUCUUUUCGGAAUCGUGUCUAUGUGUCAAGGCUUCGUCAGAACGACUGCAGAGAUGUACGUCGUCCGUCUGCUCCUCGGUGCAACUGAAGCUGGUCUCUUCCCUGGCAUCGUCUGGACUUUCAGCUUUUGGUACCGUCGCGAUGAGCGUGUACUGAGAGUCAGCCUCUUCUUCGGCGCUGCCGCCGCCGCCGGCUCCCUGGGUGGCAUUCUUGCCUUUGGUCUGACCCGCAUGGACGGCCUGCUUGGUCACCACGGUUGGCAGUAUCUCUUCUGGAUCGAAGGCGCUUUCACAGCUCUCGUCGGCAUCUUGGCUUGGUUCCUCAUUCCAAAAUGGCCCGCACACGCUCGCGCCUUGACCCAGCGCGAACGUGAAGUCAUCGUUCACCGCCUGUCUCGCGACUCGGACGCUACCGAUACCGAAAAGUUCGAGUGGUCCGCAGUAAAGCUGGCCCUCAAAGACCCUCACGUGUACUUGUAUGCCCUCCUGUUCCACGGCUUCGCCUUCCCAUUGUACACCUACUCUCUCAGCCUUCCAAGCAUCAUUGCUGGCAUCGACCCGACCUUCAAGCCUUGGCAAAGUCAACUUCUGACGAUACCGCCUUAUGCCUUCGCCUUCGUCUACGUCAUCACGACCGCUUGGGUUUCGCAAAAGUACGUCAAACGCCGUGCACCCUUCAUCAUCGGCAAUGGCUUCUUGGCCAUUCUUGGCUACAUUGUCCUCAUCACCUCUCCAACCGUAGCGGGCAAGUACACCGCCACCUUUAUCGCUGCAGCUGGCAUCUAUGGUGCUAACGGUCUCUUACUUGCAUGGCCUUCGGAAAAUGUCCAGGGCCAGCUUCGCCGAGCGGUCUCUCUGGCCUUUCAAAUUUCGGGAGGGAACUGCGCUUCGAUCAUCGGCACUCAGCUGUACAGAAUCCCGCUCGGCACCAUCCCGAACAAGUCUUACCGCAUCAGUCACAUCUUCACCAUCAUCUGGCUGUUGUUUGGCAUCUCGGCUGCUAGCGCCCUUUGGAUCCUCCUUGCUCGACACAAUCGACGUCUCGACGAGCGCAUCGCUGAGCGCCGAGCGAGAGGACAGGUUGUAGACGAGUCCAAAGCCUGGAGAGAGGAGUGGCGCUACCAGACUUGAAUCUAGUACGAGUGCUACAUCCCUCUUUGUCAGAUUGACAGAAUGGCAGAGACAAUGAUUAAGG